AUGUCGACUCCAGUGACAGAAUUCAUAAUCUUCACCUUCAAAAACCACUCCUCAUCCCCGACCCAACCCCCGGCAGCCUGGUCUGAUGUGGUCUCGACCCUGAAAUCAGUCCCCGGCGUCAACGCCCUCUACACGGGCGCCCAGCUCGAGGACCCAUCCAAGACAGUCCUCGUCAUUGAAUGGGCCUCCCCGGAAGCCUUCUCCGCUUUCGCCUCCUCGGAAUCCUACAUGCCCUGGUUCGCCUCCCUGAAAGCCGUCGUCUCCGCCUCACCCGUCUUCUACAAGGUGCCUUUCACCGCGGACCCGGGCUCCGAUCCGGCCUCGGUCCUGCGCGCCCCGUGCACCGAGGUCUUUGUCGCCUACGGCGUUGAGCCGUCCUUUGCGGGCAAGACGGCCGAGUUUGCGAGGGGUCUGACGGAGGGGCGGGCCGAGGUUGCGGGGUUCCACGGGCAUGCAUAUGGCAACAUCUCGACGCCCCUUGCUGUGGACGCGCCUGACGGGGACGGGGAGAAGGGGCCUGCCGUGACGCUUGUGUUGGGAUGGGAUAGUAAGCAGGCUCACCUUGACGCCAAAGCCAAGGCCGGACCUAUUUCCGAUAACAUUCAUUUGCUGAGAUCGGGCCGCAAGGAUAUUUCCAUGUACCAUGUAAAUUUUAAGAAAAUCUGA